GAGUGGAGCACCGUGGCCGUGUCAAAGCUGCCGCAUGGUGGAGCGACGCCAUCGUCCGGUCAACUUGGCUGCAUCGUGCUCGCUGAAGUUGAAGCGGCGAGGCGUGUAGAUUGCUCGCUGCUGUCCUCAUGAAUAUUGAUGGUUAAAGCACGGCUUCUUUUUUGUGCCGCAUCUUCUUUUGUGCCUACCCAGCAUGCACCGGACGGCUUGCUCGCGUCUAACUUCAUAAGCGUCUCUUCAACGUCGGCAACCACAGCAAAGGAUCGAUCAAGGAGCAAGAAACUGUUCUUACGCUUAUGACUGAUAUUUUUAUCGCCCUCCAGCGGCGGGACAAAGAAGCGUCAAGAUGUCCACUUUUCUCCCAACGAGCUGAAUCAUGGAUUUUGUCACGGAAAGGAAAGGAUGAAGCGCACCAAGUAAAGCCACCGCCAAGCAGGAGCGGCGUCCUCCCUCCGAGCGCUCCGCAGACGCCAUGCGCGCGCUGCUGUGAGACCGAGCGCCGCCUCGCAGGGAGAUGGCGGCGGCCAUCGCCAGCUCCCUGAUCCGACAGAAGCGGCAAGCCCGCGAGUCCAAAGACGAAAAGGUCGCCACCAACAAGAGGCGCUCCAGUCCCAGCAAGGACCCGAGGUCUUUGUGCGAGCGACACAUCUUCAGCGUCUUCAGCAAAGUUCGCUUCUGCAGCGGGAAGAAGAAACCGGUGAGACGGAAACCAGAGCCGCAGCUGAAGGGUAUCGUGACGCGACUCUUCAGCGAGCAGGGCUUCUUCCUGCAGAUGCAGCCUGAUGGAACCAUCAACGGAAACAAGGACGAGAACAGCGACAACACGCUCUUCAACCUGAUCCCAGUGGGUCUGCGGGUGGUGGCCAUGCAGGGCGUGAAGGCUGGACUCUAUAUGGCCAUGAACGCUGAGGGCUUCCUCUACACGUCUGACAUCUUCACGGCCGAGUGUAAGUUCAAGGAGUCGGUGUUUGAGAACUACUACGUCAUCUACUCGUCCACGCUGUACCGGCAGCACGAGUCGGGCCGAGCCUGGUUCCUGGGCCUCAACAAGGACGGCGUCCUCAUGAAGGGAAACCGCGUGAAGAAAACCAAACCCUGCUCGCACUUCGUCCCCAGACCCAUUGAAGUGUGCAUGUACAAGGAGCCGUCACUGCACGAGCUGGAGGAGAAGCUGCUCAAGUCGUCGCGCAGCCCGACCAUUAACGGCGAGGAGCGGGCGAGGAGCACCGAGCGAGCGCAGGACCAGCUGGGGCAGGAGGACGAGGAGGAGGAGGAGGAGGACUGCUGCACAGAGCGGGAGGGCUCAUAGCCUGCAGCGCCCCCUGCAGGAAGAACUCCCAUGCAACACGCCCACUGUUCAGCACCACGCCGAUGACAACAAAAACGCCAUGACGACGGAAACUCCAAACGAAAACAAAGAAAAAAAAGAAGCAAAAAAAAAAAAAAAAAGGCCAAAAUCUUCUUGUGAUGAGGUAUGAGAAGCAGGGGGGAGGGGCUUAUUUAAAAGAGGACUUUGAUGAUGACGAUCUACAUUUUAUGCAAAAAGCCCUGCUGUGUCGGCGCCAGGGGGUUAGCACAUCUCUCCAUCGCCACAUUGUCAUCAUCACCGUCACCGUGACGACAAAACGAGCGCUGAGAACUGCCAAGCUUUAAGCCAUGUAGGAACAUUACGUCCUUUCUAGAACCUACGCACUUUCUUUCAACUCACCACGCUGCUUCUUCUUCUUCUUCUUCUUCCAAUCUUCCUCGGGCUUCCAUCCAGUCAGAUUUUAGAGAUUCGUGCCGCCACCUCACACCCUGUUUAUUUUAUUUGAGUCAUUAGCAAUGACCAGGCGUGUGCCCCGCUCCGUGAUCAUUUUGACCACGUCACAUCUCUGCUGGUCCUUGCCUGUAUUCCGUUCAGAGUCCAGUGUGCGGGGACUAGAGAUGCGCGGUUUGCGGACACAACCGC